CUAUUACAGAAUAAUUUAAGGUGUUGUUUUUCUUCAUGAAUGGCUAAAAAGGGUGGAGCGACCUUUGAUUAAUGAUAUUACCUGAAAUAUACCACCAUUAUUUUGGGAAAAGAAAAAGGGGAGAAUGUUCACCUUUUAGUUAGUUUGGUACGCAUAGAAUUUUAAAUAAAAUUAAAUACCUGCAUGUAAUUUUAGUACUAUAUAACAUAAAAAGAUACUGGUGUAAAGUCGUUUCUCAUUAUUGUUGGUGCAUUCUUAUUGGACAGAAAAAUCUUAUGAUGGGAUGUUUAGUUAACAAAAAAUUGGAAAUCUUUAGCUGUCAUCAAUAUUAAAUUAAUAACAGUCAUAACGUUCAGCUCGGUGGUCACGUCUGGUUGGAAUGGAAAGGUAUGAGAAGAUCUCAAAGAUAGGAGAAGGAUCUUAUGGAGUUGUCUUCAAAUGUCGAAACAGAGAAAACGGCCAGCUUGUGGCCAUCAAGAAAUAUGUUGAAACAGAAGAUGACCCACUCAUCAAAAAAAUAGCCCUGAGAGAAAUACGAAUGCUCAAGCAACUGAAGCACCCUAAUCUAGUGAACUUAAUAGAAGUUUUCAGAAGAAAGCGAAAAUUACACAUGGUAUUUGAAUACUGCGAACACACUGUAUUAGAUAUUUUAGAAAAACAUCCAAACGGGGUACCUGCAUCUUUGACGAAGAGAAUAUUAUGGCAAACUUUGCAAGCAAUUAACUUUUGCCAUCAGCACAAUUGUAUUCAUCGAGAUGUAAAACCAGAAAACAUACUCCUUACGAGAGAUGGGAUUGUUAAACUUUGUGAUUUUGGAUUUGCCAGAAAUUUAAGCCCAGGUGAAAAUUAUACUGAUUAUGUGGCCACUCGCUGGUAUCGAGCUCCAGAACUAUUGGUGGGAGAUACUCACUAUGGACCUGAAGUCGACGUUUGGGCAAUAGGAUGUGUGGCGGCGGAAUUAAUACGUGGAGAAGCACUAUGGCCCGGUAAAUCUGAUGUUGAUCAAUUGUACCUAAUCCGCAGAACUUUAGGUGAGCUUACCCAAAGACAUUUGCAGAUAUUCAAGAAAAAUGAUUUUUUUAAUGGUGUUUCAAUACCUGAUGUGGACGUUAGAGAAGCACUUGAAAGCAGACUUCCACACAACAUUACAGCAGAUGAAUUGGAUUUCUUAAAAAAAUGUUUGGAUAAAGAUCCAGAAAAAAGAUACAACUGCGAGCAACUUUUUCGACAUUCGUAUUUUGAUGGUUUCAAUAAAUCUGAUUUUGAGAAUGAAUCAAUGUCUUCAAAAUAUCGAAGAGAUAAGCUAAAGAGUGGCCAGUAUCAAAUGUUGUUACCGCAACUCUCAACAAACUCUUUAGGUUCUUCACCAGAGAUGCGUUCCAGCCAUGCUCGAUCUAUGAAGAAAUACGAUCCCUUACCCAACAUAUGACAACCGAAUCAACGUUUUGUAAAAAACUGUACAAAACGAAAACUUUA